ACUUCACAUCAACGACCUUCCUUCCAGAAGACAAGUCUCUUCCUCUCUUUCUCUCUCUCCUCACUAUUUCCUCUCCAUUUAUAUUCUCAUCGAGGACUAGCCUAGAUAGAUUUGCGAUCAUCGGUCGACGAAUCCAUCACUAGACAAUGGAUUUCGGUUCUGGGUCACGUAAAACUGCCAAAAGUUAUGCAGCUUACGGGACCCAAGAUGGCACGGGAUUCACCAAAUUUGGCAAUGAGCCGAGAGCCAAUGGUGAACGUUCGGGAACUUUUACUCCGCCCUUGUGGAAGAGUACUAGCCCGCCGACCGGACCAGAAGACUGCCAUGACCAAUACCGAAGUCUCUCACCAACAUCAAGAACCCAAUUAAUCGCGCAAGGCCAGAUGGAGCUAAUGGAGAAGAUAAGGAGCAUGCCCGAGUCGUACUACGAGCUCUCCCUGAGAGACAUCGUUGAGGACUCGAAGAAGAGCCAAGAGGAUGGUGCUUCUCGAGAGAGGAGGAAUGAUGGUCCCGAUGAGGAAAACAUGAUGAGCAGAAGCGGGAGCUGGAAUAAGAGGCAGAACAGUAGGAAGAGCUAUCUCGAUGCGAAUGCGAAUAUGGUGAGAAGCGGGAGCAUAGACAAUGGCGGGUUCUUGCUGAAGAUGGUCUUCCCGGCCUCUUCCUUGGUUUCAAAGCAAAAGAGGAAGAACAGCUCAUCAACAGCUACGAGUGGCAGCCUGAAGAUGUCUCCUAGGCCGGCCUUAAGUGACGGACCUGUAAAGGGUCUUGAUAAGGAAUGGUGGAAGAAGUUCUCAGCCUCGGGUAAGGUUGAACACGGGAUCGUGGACGGCGACUCCGGGAGCAUGAAGAGCAGCGGUAGCAGCAGCAGCAACAGUAAGAAUGAUAGAAACGGAAGAGAGGAGGCGAACGUAGGCUGCUGGUCAUUCUUCCGAAAGAAGAAGGGUGCAUCGCCGAAAAAGUGAAGAGCUUGACAGCAGAACAUCAAGAGAUUUAUAAAAUCAAAAGUCAAUAACGUGAUGUACUUAAUGUGCGUAGAUGUCCGUAUAUGUUUCCGAAAACAUCCUAUUAAAAGAGUUUGUAAUAUAUGUCGAUCGUUUAUCAGAGUCACUUUGGAUGACAGAUGCUUGCUGGGAUAUAUAUGUGUUUAAGCAGCAUCCUGUAACUGCAGAUCAUUCAGUUUGAUUGUUUCGACAACCAGUUUCUUCGAA